AUGGGUAAAUUCCUUAUUAGUCUCGCCUCCGGUGCUUCCGGAAUCGUCAUCGUCGCCACUUUGGUUUACGUUGGACUUCUCUUCCAAGACAUCAACAGCUUCUAUGAUGACGCUAUGAAUGAUAUGGAUGACUUCCGUACUUAUGCCAAUGAUGCCUGGAACUCUAUGAUCGCUGUUACCACUAAGCGCCACUCUAGCGAUGCUCCAUCCAUCUUCCUCCGUGGAAAGAGAGCUGCUGGCGGUUCAUGCAACUGUGGAGCUCAACCAAACAACUGCCCACCUGGACCACCAGGACCACCAGGUCAACCAGGAGAGCGUGGAGCUGACGGAGACAAUGGACAAGAUGGAAACCCAGGAACCCCUGGAGUUAACACCUACAAAGAAAGCAUCCUCGGAGAAUGCAUCAAGUGCCCAGCUGGAGAGCCAGGACCACAAGGACCAGACGGAGCUGCUGGAGAAGCCGGACCAGACGGACAACCAGGAGCCCCAGGAGCCCCAGGAGCUGACGGAAUCCCAGGAGCUGAAGGACCACAAGGAGAUGCUGGAGAGCCAGGAACCCCAGGACAAGACGGAGAAGCCGGAGCUCCAGGAGCUAACGGACAACGCGGAAAGGGUGCUCCAGGACCACAAGGACCAGAAGGACCAGAAGGACCAGCUGGAGCUCCAGGAGCCCCAGGAGAGAACGGAAACCCAGGACAAGACGGAGCUGAAGGACCAGCUGGACCAAACGGACAGGACGGACAAGCCGGAAACCCAGGAACUGACGGAGAAGCUGGAUCUCCAGGACUCCCAGGACCAGAUGCUGCUUACUGCCCAUGCCCACCACGUACUGCCGCAGUUGCUGAGGAUACCCCAGCCAGCCAAGGAUACGCUCGCAUCUAA